AUGUCGCCUGCAGAUAAGAUUUGUCGGCUUGAAACUACGCAGAUCGUUUCCCCGGCGGAAUAUCGCGCUGCGCGUCUAAAUCUCCUCGCCAAAGAAAAGGAGGCUACGCGUGCCAAGGACGCGCUUGCCGCAGAACGGCGUUUGCUUCCUAUGGUCGAAGUGACAAAGAGCUACACCUUCACUGGCGCCGGUUUAAAGGAUGGACAGACGAAGGAACUCGCCUUGUUGGACCUCUUCUCUGGCCGCCGCCAGCUGAUCGUCUACCACUUCAUGUUUGAUCCUUCCUGGGAAGCAGGCUGCUCUGGCUGUACGCUUCUGUGUGACUCGUUCCCUACUCUAGAACACCUCCACUCCCGCUCCACCAGUGUCGUCGCCGUAUCCCGUGCCCCAGUUGAGAAGAUUGAAGCGUACAAGAAACGCAUGGGCUGGACUUUUCCCUGGGUCUCGUCCUUUGGCAGCGACUUUAACUAUGACAUGCAUGUGACCCAAGAUGAGGCCGUUUGCGAGGUUGACUACAACUUCAAGAAUAAGGGCGAGCUAUUGAAGCUCCCCGAAGAUAACUUCCCUAAAGGGGAGCAGCCGGGAACUAGCGUCUUCUACAGGGGUGAUGGCAAAAUUGGAGAAGAGGGAAAGGUCUACCAUACGUAUUCAACAUACGCGCGCGGUAGUGAGAAUCUGAUCAAUACCUUUGACUGGUUGGACUUGACACCUCUUGGGAGGCAAGACGGAGAAACAGGAAUCGGUGGUGUCGGGUUUCGGCGCAGGGAUGAAUAUACUGAGGAGGAACUGAGAGGACUGCACUGA